AUGCCCGCCUCAACGACCACCACUGAAAAAAAACCAAAACAAUCAAUCCGUCGGUACGGGAUCGUGCCUCGGUUGGUGCUCUUCAACAACACGAUAUUCUUCUUGCUCUGGUUCAGCUGUCUUAUACGAUUCCUAAUUCUUCUUCCCUUGGUUGGCAGAAGAUUCCUUCCGGGGGCCAUCUCCGAGUUCUACCAACUCAUCCUCACUUGCUCGUUCAUCUCCCAGGUCGGGUUGUCAUUGGCCGGGAUCAUCCCAGUGUCUCGUAAGAAGUUGGGGUUGAAAGUUUUCAAACUUCUUCAUGGUUUAUUAGUGACAUGGGGAGUGAUCUUCCAUUAUCCAAAGAUCACCAAGCACUCGGCUUAUGGGGUCCUUGUCUUUUGCUCAUGCUGUCAAGAGACAUUGGACUACCUCUACUACUUGCUCCCAAACAGCUUGUGGCGAUUCUUCAGCAAGAAACUGUUUGUGUUAUUGUUCCCGGUGCAGAAGGCGUGUGAAAUGGUGUUGAUCAUGUUGUGUCUCAAGUUCAAUCGACAAUACGAUGCUGAAUACCUCCAUAAUUACGAGUAUUUCUACGGAGUGUUCUUGAAGGCGGUGUUGAUCAUGUACAUCCCUGCCUCGUGCAUCAUCUUCCGGUACUUGUGGAAAUCCAGGCAAUGA